ACAUGAUCGCAUCACGUGAAGAGUUCAUAACCAUAGCGCACAUGGCAAAUUAAUUGUGUUAUUGCACAUUUCCUUGCUGUUCGGUAAUUAAUUCCGACUCAAUACACAACGUACCUUAAUCUUGCAAAUCUGGAACAUGUGCAGGGUAGCAUAUCUUAGACAGGCGUUAAAUUAUUUGGAAGUAUAACGACUGGUUUCUGCACAAGGGAAACAAAGGGUUCAGCGAACAAUUCUACAGUGCUACAAUUCCAUUCCCCCACACUGAGGAAGUAUUGGAACAAUGUAUUUGCAACAUUUAACAAAACUUGUUAAACCAUCAAAACCUAUAUUGGAAUUUCUCUUCAGAAGAAUGUCUUGGCUUAAGAAGGAGCUUCCAAUCUUAACACUGUUUACUAAGGAUUCUUGCACUCUUUGUGAAGAAGCCAAAAAGGUUUUGGAGCCAUACCGACACAGGUUCAUCCUGCAGGAGGUGGACAUCACCGAUCCAGAGAAUUGUGUCUGGUUUGAGAGGUACAAGUAUGACAUUCCAGUUUUCCACAUGAAUGGACAGUUUCUGAUGAUGCAUCAAGUCAACUUGAAAAUCCUGGAGAAACAGCUGGCCAAACUGGAACAGGAUGGAAACAAAAUUUGAUAAAGUUCAAGACUUUGAGCAAGACUUCGGCCCACCAAGUCCACACCAACCAGCCAAAAACUGUGCACAAAGUUCUAUCCUACUCAUGAGGGAAAAUCUACAGAGGCCAAUUCACUUACAAACCUGCACGUCUUCGGGUUGUGGGAGGAAACCUAAGUACCCAGAAUAAACCCACGUGGUCACAGAGAAAACUCCGUACAAACUCCGUAGUCAAGAUCAAACCCGGGUCUCUGGUGAUAUAAGGCAGCAAUUCUACUGCUGCACCACUGUGCCGCCAUUUUACUGCUCCACUACAAAACCUCCUCCAGGUAUGCUAACUUCGAAGAAGUUCUUCUGCCUCUGACAGGGUUUCUGCGAGACCCUCUCUCACUGCUCCCCAUUGUGAUUCCUGGUGCUCUCCUGCUCUUCGACAGUGUUUUGUCCCGGACUUGAUAUACUUAUCGCUUGCCUGGCUUUGAGCUGGCCCCACCUUUCUUCCAGCCUUCUUCCCUCUAUUACAAUCAGUCUGAAGUAGGGUCAACCAGAUGCCAAAGACUUGGUAGGGGGAAGCUGCCAAGCUGACCUCCUGCUUGUCCCCUGAAGACCGGAGAGGAGGAAGCCGGCAAUGGCGGACGCGAGGUGCAAGGCCGGUAGGAGAGGGAUCAAGGACGGUUGCAGAAGGCGCCCCCAGGACACAAAGGUGGAUGGGUGAUGAGAGACAUUGGUUGGCUGAACAAUCCGGACAAAGGUGAUAUCCGGAGGGCCACAGCAGCCUGGGGCUCGCUUGGAUCGGGCUCCACUCCAUAAGACCUGAAGUGCAGACUGGACCGGACUUUGAAAUGGCACUAAAUCCUGGCGCCCCUUGCAUGUGGUCUCAGUGGACUAUUUCUGUACACUUUGCUAAUUGGGGAUGAUGCUUAGGUAUCAUAAUACUUUACUGGGUGCAACCAAAAAAAAAUUCACGGCGCAUUUACACAUGUGACAAGCACCAUUGACCAUUGAUUGACCUGACCUGCAAUGUACAGUAUGUAUACUGAUUGUACGCCUCGUUGUCACCUACCCCAUAGCCAAUGCGCGCACACAUAAAACAAACAAUAGAGCUGACCCCUUAUGUUACUCCAGCACUUUGUGUCUUUUUUGUAAACCAGUAUCCGCAAGUUCCUUGUUUCUGUAUUAAAUGAGCAGUUUGAUUGAA